AUGGGGCCCAACCUAGCAGUCCCGACCCCCUAUGGCUGCAUCGGCUGUCAGCUGCCACAGCCGGACUACCCGCCGGCCCUAGUCACCUUCAUGUUCUGCGCGAUGGUCAUCACCAUCAUUGUAGACCUGAUCGGCAACUCCAUGGUCAUUUUGGUUGUGACGAGGAACAAGAAGCUCCGAAAUUCUGCCAACAUCUUCGUGGUCAGCCUCUCUGCAGCCGACAUUCUGGUGGCCAUCUACCCCUACCCCCUGAUGCUGCAUGCCAUGUCCGUCGGGGGCUGGGAUCUCAGUCAGCUGCAGUGCCAGAUGGUCGGGUUCAUCACAGGCCUGAGUGUGGUCGGUUCUGUCUUCAACAUCCUGGCCAUCGCCAUCAACCGUUACUGCUACAUCUGCCACAGCCUCAAAUACGAACAGAUCUUCAGCAUGCGCAACACCUGCCUCUACCUGGUUGUCACCUGGGUCAUGGCUGUCCUGGCUGUCCUGCCCAACAUGUACAUUGGCACCAUAGAGUAUGACCCCCGCACCUACACCUGCAUCUUCAACUACGUCAACAACUCUGUCUUCACCGUGACCAUCAUCAGCAUCCACUUCGUCCUCCCUCUCCUCAUAGUCGGCUUCUGCUACAUGAGGAUCUGGAGAAAAGUGCUGGAAGCCCGUGCCCAGGCUGGGCAGAAUCCUGACAACCAACUCGCUGAGGUUCGAAAUUUUCUAACCAUGUUUGUGAUCUUCCUCCUUUUUACAGUGUGCUGGUGCCCUAUGAUUGUGCUCACUGUGUUGGUGGCUGUCGGUCCGAAGGAGAUGGCAAGCAAGAUCCCCAACUGGCUUUAUCUUGCAGCGUACUUCAUAGCCUACUUCAACAGCUGCCUCAACGCUGUCGUCUAUGGGCUCCUCAAUGAGAAUUUCCGACGAGAAUACGGGACCAUCUUCCAUGCCAUGCGGCACCCUAUCCUGUUCAUCUCUGAUCUCAUCGCUGAUAUUCGUGAGACACCAGAGGCCCGUGCCCUGGCCCGUGCCCGUGCCCGUGCCCGCAACCACGCCCUCGAACAAGACCGUGCCCAUGUUUGUCCUUCUGUGGAGGGAAUCCCGAUGACCGACCGGAAUGUUCCACUGCCUGGUGAUGCUGCAGCUGGCCACCCCGAUUGUGCCCCUGGCCACCCCAAACCCCACUCCCGGUCUUCUUCUGCCUACCGGAAAUCUGCCUCCAGCCACCUCAAGUCUGCCGCUGUCCACCCUAGGCCUGCCUCCGUCCACUUCAAGGAUGACGCUGUCCGCUUCAAGUCUGCCUGCAAGCCUGCCAGUAGUCACACCUCUGUUGGCAGCCACUCCAAAGCUGCCUUCAGCCCAGCCACCCGUCAGCCUAAACCCACCGGUGGCCACAGCAAGCUUGUUACUGGCCACCUAGAACUCCCUAGCUCCCACUGCCCCAAGACGGCCACUACUGGACACCGUGAGUCUGACGUCACCGUGAUCAACCUCCCUGAGUUUGUCUCCAGCCCUAUUAGAGUGUCCCCCGAGCCUGAGCCUGCUGUCAGCCUGCUGGAGCCUGCCACUGCCACUGCCACUGACUUCUCUGAUCCUACUGUAGUGGCCCCUGCCGCCAAAGAUUACAACGACAUGGUGGUUGUGGAUGUUGAAGAGGACUUUGAGGAGACGGCCUUAUGA